AAGUGACAUAACUUUGUAGGGUUGGCUGAGAUAGGACACGUGGAGAUUUUCGCGUACAAUUCCAUGUCAUUUACACCAAAUGGUUCUGUCCACACCUGCCCCGUAUUGAAGCCUUUAAUCCGCCACGUGAAUAAAACAUACUAGGUGAUUUUUAGCAAAUCGGAGAUUAUUGGGGUUUAACGGUUAGCCCCACCUUUCCGUGCCCCCCUUGCUUCAGGGCUUAGUCCUCUCAGCUGACUCAGCUUUGCUCAACACUGGGAAAGAGUUUUAAAAAGUAUUUUGGAAGCUCUCGCUCUCUCUCUCGCCAAAAUCACAAACCAUGAGAAGUGUGCGGAUAUUGCGGAGGUUUUGAGAUUUUUAACUUUUCUACUUGGAACAUGUUGACAGAUAGCCAACCUUGCACUCCUCUGAUGCUCGCAAGGACUCUCAUCACUGGAGCUCUACAUUUGGACUAGUUCUUUUAACAUUUUCUAAUGGACACAUGGAGUGUGCUUGGGUUCGCUAAGAGAGGAGCAGCGGACCAAAGAUGUCGGCUCUCAACCAAGUUGUCAUUGACUCAGACGCCUCAGACAUUUACAGGAAUGUGUUCUGCAAUCCUGCCUUUGAGCUGGAGGGGGAGCUAGAGGAGCGGGAGGGAUUUCGAAUGACCACAUCCACCCCUGAGCCAAUCAAACCACCCACAACUGGUAGCGUUGCAAGUUGUGGCUGGGGGAAGGUGGUGGUCUUUGCUGCUGCCCUGCUCCUGGUUGCGGCUCUCGGCCUGACACUGGCCCUCAUCCUCACACAGAUAAAAAGUCAAGAGGUUGACGAGCAGCUAUUGUCCACCAGCCCUCCAGACCCGUUGAGUGCAGAAGGUGGCGAAUUACCCUCCGGUCCUGCAAACGGAGGCCCGCAGGAUAGUUUGCCAGUGCCCCACCCUGCGAGCAUCCCCACGAUUGAAACACGUUGUGGCGGAGUUUUGACUGAUUCCGAAGGUUUUUUCAGCUCCCCAAACCACCCGGGCUCCUAUCCCCCCAACACCUUAUGCGUGUGGGUCAUUCAAGCCACACCCCCUCACUUUAUUCAAAUCCAUGUGUCCUCUUUGAAUAUUGAGGGUCCGGCUCCCUGUUUGUUUGACUGGCUGGAGGUACAGGAGCAUGUGGAGCACAACGCCGUGGUCACGAGGUUCUGUGGUGCCGUGGCUCCACCAACAGUCAACACGAACAGCAGCACAGUAUGGGUGACGUUCCGCUCUGAUGGCAGCAUUGCAGGCAAUGGCUUCUCAGCACAGUACAGGGCCUUGCUGCCUGGACACAAAAGUUGUUCCAGAGAUGAGUUCAUGUGCGACGGUGGUCGCUGUCUGCUGCCUGCGUCUGUGUGUGACGGCCAUCCCAAUUGCCAUGACCAAAAAGAUGAAGCCAACUGCAGCAAUAAACACAGUGAAUGUGGCGGACAAAAGAUUGGGCCAUACGGCUUCCUGGCAAGUCCAAACCACCCCAGCCCAUACCCUCACCAGCAGCUUUGUGUAUGGCACAUAGCUGUUGAGGAGGGUCACGUCGUCAUGCUGCGCUUUAAAAACUUCAGUCUGGAGGCUCAGGACGUGUGCGAGUUUGACUAUGUGGAGGUGCAUGAUGGCAGCGACGCUGGAGCUGGUAGAGUUCUGGGAAGGUUUUGUGGCACCACCCUCCCACCAGAUUUGACCUCGUCCGGCCAGCACAUGACUGUCCUGUUUGUGGCUGACGAGGGAGUGGCUGACAGCGGCUUUAACGCGACGUAUCAGUCCGUGUCCCUGCUGGAUCGGACUUGCGGGCCGAGGCAGUUUGCCUGCAGUACCGGCGAGUGUCUUCAUCCACAGUGGUUGUGUGACGGCUGGAAUGACUGCCCCGAUGGAGCAGAUGAACAGGAUUGUGGCAACUCCACCUACCCUCCCUUCACUUCACCGUGUGAGUCAAUAGACGUGGAGAUGUGUCUGGGUCUCAGUUACAACCUCACCUCAUUCCCCAACAUAUGGCUCGCCAUCGCCGAUCAGAGAGAAGCUGCCACACUUCUGCGACAGUACAGGGUUUUGAUGGAGCUAGCCUGCUUCGAGCCCUUGCGGAAACUCAUUUGUGGGAUGUUCUUGCCGCAGUGCAGCCCUCAUGGAGGCGUCCUGCAACCCUGCCGCUCUGUUUGCUUGUCGGCUGAGCAGCAGUGCAGCCAAGCCUUGGACCUUUUCUCCUUCAGCUGGCCCUUCAACUGUCACCUCCUGCCCGACACACAGGACCCCAUGGAGUGCUCACUGCCUUGAUCACUACACCAAAAAACAAAAAAAGAGGGUUUUAAUUGUUUUGGGGUCUGGUUGGAAGCUUGAGGACUGACAGAUUUUAAGUGAAUACAAAAGCUUUCCCGCAGUUCUGAUAUUGUCAUUUACAUCCUGGCCAGUGAUUGUUUGAAAGACAGCAACCUCGCAGAAGCUUAUUGUAAUCGUGAAAGGCACUGAUAAACACCAAAUCCACGGAUAUUACAAACUCUAUUGUAUUCAUAGUGCACAUCAAAAACGACAGCUGAAAAAAAAGUUUGUCAUCUAUGUUCAUCACAAUCCAGUUCAACGUUAACUUAAAAUUAAACAUCGAUGUAGUAGUGCAAAAAUUGGAGUCCUCACAAUGAGGUACAGCACUAAAAACAACAGGAGCCCAAAGGAGUCAAGUCAUUUUGGGAAAGGUAAAAAACUUAGAUGACCAAAGUCCCCGCAACCCCCAGAAAGACAAACACAAACUUGAAUAUCCACUGAAAUUCCGAUGAUUAUAUCGGCUGGGCUCUUAUCUGCAAAACCUGUCCAGUACAGUAUUCCAAUUGGUCUAUUUGCACCAUUUAAAGUAUGAGGAAUAAAAACGACACGCAGAAAAUGUGUUCAGAUGAUCUUUAAUGCAUUUGUGCUUGAACAUGCCACAUCGUGAUAUAUGAUCUUAAACGGUUUGAGGUUUGAGCUUAUGUGAGGUAAAAAA